AUGUUAACAGUACCCUUAUUACCUAUAUUUAUCAUAUUUUUUAUUGGAUCUAUAGCAGAAACUAACAGACCUCCCUUCGACCUGGCAGAGGCUGAGUCGGAGUUAGUUAGUGGGUUUAUGACGGAACAUGCUGCAGUAAUUUUUGUAUUUUUUUUCUUAGCUGAGUAUGCCAGUAUAGUACUUAUUUGUACAGUUGCAAGUAUGUUAUUUUUAGGUGGUUACUUAUUCAAUAUUAUGCCUCUAGGUUUAAAUCUUGUGCUCUUAUAUUUACUUUUAUUUGAGUUCGGGCAUCCUUCCCACGAAUACGGUUUGACCAGUUAA